AUGCGCACUUCGUUCAUUGUUUAUGCAGCGUUGGGAGCUUUGGGUCUCGUGGACAAUGUUGUUGCCAUGCCGACAUCGCCGUCUAACCUAGUGCUGGCAAAACGAGGCGUGAAAGAAUGUGAUAGCGACAGCGAUUACACGGGGCCCUACCAGGACGGGCAAGGCGUGUAUAUCGAAUCCGACAAGAUUUCGCAUCCAUAUAAGUUCCCCAAAGUGCGCAAGUGCUGGCACGAUUACUUCGCUGUAGAAGCGAGUGUGUGGAAAAAACCAUGGAUCAAGUCAUCCGGCAACAUCUACUGCACGGGCACACAGUUGUGCUCCGCCGCACAACUUAACGGGACCCAAGUAUGCCAAACACGCAGCCAAACCGUCAGCGCCUCAAUGGGUCUGAAAAUCGACGCUGCCGUGUCCAAGGGAAUCGUUCCCGGGUUAAGUUUUGGCGUGGAGUUUAGCUCAUCAAUUGAGGACUCCGAAUGCUACUCUGCAUCCUCGACGACGACAUGUAUCUGGAAUGACAAGGCGUGCCAUACGGUGUGGACGCAGCAGCAGAUGGUUCUCACCAAGGGAUAUGAGCGGAAGAGAUGCAACUGGGGUAACGGCGAUGUGACGGAGUGUAUGCGCUCGUGGGAACAGAACACUCCGACGACUUAUACCGAUUAUGGAUGUGGGAGUAUGAAGGGAGCUGUUUCAGCAUUUUGGUGA